UGAGCCAGGUAAGAAGUAAACUUAUGCGGGUCUCUUCAGCACUUCAGCUGUUCCUUGAAGGAAGCCGACCCUGUUGCCCACGCAACAAGCACACACGCACAACUCUCUGCUAAGCUGCUUGCGUUAUUAUUUUCCCAACCACUGGGAAACCACUUAAAGAAACACCAGCUUGGAAAUGGAAGCCAAGGAUCCUACUGGAAAAGAAAGUGCGGGGGUUAGGAAAAAGAACCUGACUUUCCUCAAGCAGAGAUUGUACAUGCUGGAGAGGAGGAAGACGGAUACGGUGGUGGAGAGCAGCGUCUCAGGAGACCACAACAGCAACUCUGCAACCUUGAGAAGGAGCCAGUCAGACAGGACUGAAUACAACCAGAAAUUACAAGAAAAGAUGGCACCCCAUGCAGGAUCUGUAGGACCAGUCGAUUUACCCCUAGAAACUGAAGAACAACUGAUUAAGCGAAUGAUGGCCAGAAGGCAAAAGAUAAUUGCAGAAAUACUCCAAACAGAAAGAGAUUAUCUUAGUGAUCUGGAACUCUGCAUCAGAAUAGUGGUUGAGCCCUUGAAAAAAAGGCAGAUUGCUCGACUUGAUGUGGACAGCUUAUUUAGCAACAUUGAAUCGGUCCAUGAAAUAUCAUCCAAACUGUUGUCAUUGUUGGAAGAAGCAACAUUAGAUGUGGAACCAGCCAUACAAAUAAUUGGUCAGGUAUUUCUACAGAUUAAAGAUGUACUAGAAGAAGCAUACAAAAUCUACUGUUACCAUCACGAUGAUGCUCAUCUUCUUCUGGAAUUCUAUGAAAAAGAUGAGGAAUUGAAACAAUGUAUAAAAGACUGUCUACAUUCUUUGAAAAAGAUAUAUGAAGAAGGGGGAAAACCAAAUCUAUUGGAUAUGGGAUCUUUGAUGAUCAAACCAAUACAACGUGUCAUGAAGUAUCCUUUGUUAUUGUGUGAGCUCUUGAAUGCCACUCCUAAGUCUCACCCCGACCACAAAGCAUUGCAGGAUGCCUUGGUUGCUAUGAAAGAUAUGAAUAUGAAUAUAAAUGAACUUAAAAGGAGAAAGGAUAUAGUGCUUAAAUAUAAGAAGAAUGAUGAAGAUGAAUCUUUGAAGGAUAAAUUUUCAAAGUUAAAUAUUCACUCAAUUAGUAAAAAGUCCAAGAGAGUGACUGGUCACUUGAAGAUUCUGACAGGAGGAGAGCCUCAGGUGAAAGAUGAAGUUUUUAAUAAACAGGAGAAGUUAUUCAAAAGCUUAGAAAAGACGGUCAAACUAUGCAUGAAGAAUAUUCCAUUGUCUCUUCAGCAUUUAGAAGACUCUGUAUUUCUCGGAGCACAGUGCAUAAUUGAUCUUCAGGAUCUGCUACAUGAGAAUGAAGAUGGGGCAAACAGAUCUUCAGAUGCAUUGAUUAAUGCUGGGCAUCCCAGCAAACUGUUUCUGAAUCAAGUAGAGAAAUUGGUGUUGACUCCAUUGACUACACUACACGCUCUUUUCCUCAGUCCCCAGAAGCUCAUCCAAAAGCGUUAUGACAAACUUCUGGAUUACAGUAGCUUAUAUCAAAAGGCUUCAGGGGAUGAUACUGACCUGGCCAGGAAAGAAUAUGAGGCCCUCAAUGCACAGCUGGUGGAGGAGCUCCAGCAGUUCAAUGAAGCAGCAAAGAAAAUUGUGACCAGUUGCCUAUGUUGUCUCAUCACUCUCCUGAAAGACAUGAUGUCAUCGGCCUCACAGUCCUUUUCAACCAAUGAAUCCCAGUUGCUAGCCAUUAAACCGGAGGUAACAACACCCUCUUUUUGUUUCCAGCCUGAAUUUCCCCGCCAGAAAGAAGUCCACCGGUUGAUGCUACUUUCUAUGUACAAUGUGGACUUGCUAUACGAAGCCAAGCGUAAAUGCAAUGCCACACAGGAGUUGGAUAUUGAUCUUUAUGAAGGAGAGGUGGUGGCUCUCAUAGACCAAAAGGAUCCUUUUGGCUGUACAAGCAGGUGGCUUGUUGAUACUGGAAUUCUUAAAGGAUACGUUUAUUCUUCCUUCCUGAAACCCUAUAAACCAGCCAAGGCACCAAAAAAUCCUGGGGAAAUCCAUUUCUGUGAUGGUGACUUUGAUAAUAUCAGCCUUUUUAUCUCUUCACGACAACUGGAGGACAACAGUACAAAACCCACAGGACACAAAAGAAGUGGCAGUGACUCUUCCUAUAAUAGCCUGUGUGAAAAAGAAUCUGUGAAUGGCUCAGAAUUGGACAGCUUUUGUGAAACAGAUGAGCAACACACUUUCUAUGCCGUUCAUGCAUUUCAAGCAAGGAGUAAGCAGGAACUCAGUCUUCACGAAUAUCAGCGAGUUCAAAUCCUUCGUUUUUCGGACCUAAGUGGCAAUAAAGAAUGGUGGUUAGCUGAAGCUGAAGGACAAAAAGGAUAUGUGCCAGCUAAUUAUCUUGGGAAGAUGACAUACACGUAAAUAUCAGAUUUAGCUUACGGAAUAAAUUCUCAGAGCCAGAAGACUUUUAUUGUGAUAUUAUCACCCGUGAAUUUUUGUGCCUUAAAAAAUGCAAUAAGCUAAGAGCUUCUAAAAUCCGGAAUUGAAGUACUUGUGAAGAAGAAUUUUUGAUGGAAUAGGUAUAUUUGCCUUUACUUUUAAACCUUUGUCACACUGGACUGGAAAAGAACUCUCGUAAUGCCUUCCACAGAUUUCUGAGGCAUUUAAUUAUAUUGAACUCAUCCAGGGGUCCCCAAACCCCAGGCCGUGGUCUAUUUGGAACCGGGCCAUGCGAGCGCUUGAUUGUGCAAGUAGAGUGUGUGUCUGCACUUGCGUGCUGGCCUGUCGCUCAUGCAAGUUGAGCUGUGUGUGCAUGUUAGCCCACUGUUUAUGUGGGCUGUCACCUCCCAGCUGGGCUGGCAAACUGCAAAGGUUGGGGAUCGCUGAGCUAAAUCACCUAUAACAACAAAAAUCUCAUGACAUAAUAAUCUAGUUCAGGGGUCUUCAAACUUGACAGCUUUAAGACUUGUGAACUUCAACUCCCAGAAUUCGU